AUGUCGCGCAUCGGCGUUCCGCCAGAGCUGAACGUGAUGGAGAAGGUAGUGGAGAAGGCCGUUGUCAACGGCACCAGCUCCGCCUCCGAGGCAUUCGUGGCGGCGGUUGAUUCAGUCCUGCAGCAAGACAUAGCAGUCCGCGACGUGCAGGCGAUUGCAGCCGCCUAUGGCCUGGAGGCCGAGCAGCUGUUCGAGCCAAUGCUCGCAGGAAUCUUCACCAAGGCCUGUGCUUCUAAGGCUACGGUGUCCCACGGAGCGGUAUCCAGCUUGUCGGCAGAACGGCUUGUGUCAGCUGCCAGGGAGGCGCUCACCGGCAUGCCCAGUUUUGAGGCCCUGGAGGCUCUGGCGCCCACAGCGAACAUUUCGCUGGAUGCCUGCAUUCAGUCCCUGCUGCUCCACCUUCUCACGGGCGUGUCAGCCCCGCCCGAGGUGCUGGAGCUGGUGCAGUCGGCACAUCACACACAACUUUACGGAAGUCGCGACCUCCGGGUCCUGCUGCCGACGCUCAUGAAGCAGCGCUACCUGACCUUCGUGGAUGCCGAGAUGCUGGGCCUCAUUUGGGGCUUCGACCCUUCAAUUUUGGGAGAUGCGGAGGCUCUGGCAGCUAACACGCUCCGAGCAGCAGCGCACCAGGAGCAGGCUUCGCAGCUGAUGCAGCUGCAGGCGGCCAUCAGCAGGGUGAGGCAACGUGGAUACCCCAAAUAUUCGGAGGUUCACCUGCUUGCUGAUUUCCUUGGAUUCGGAGAAGAGCUCAGCAGCCUGGUGGCAGAGCUUCUUCGCCUGACCUUCUCCCUCGUGGUGCGAGGAUCGACUUCACAGGAGCUGGAGCCUUUGGAGGCCGCAGUUCUUCAGUCCGUGGCAGUGCAAGUUCUGGAUCGAGGGCAUCCGACCUUCGCAGACGCCAAGGCCCUUGCAGAGGUCUUCGGCAUCAAGCUGGUCGACCAUGUGCUGCUACCGCUCAUCAACCGCACCUUGCCGAUGCUCUUGCCCGCGCUGCAGCAGUCGCAGCAGUCGCUCGUGCUUGAUGUGCUUGCCAACGACGCUGUUCCUGCGGCGCUGCUGUCGGGCGACAUAACGAAGGUCCGUGUGGCGGACCUGGAAGCGUUAGCCACCGCACUUGGCUUGGACGUGGCUGAGCUCAUGUAUCCCCUGAUCAACGGGGCUCUCCUACAGAUCAAUGAUGACUUGCCGCUCCCAGUAGAUCAUUCCAAGGUCGAGCAAGUGCGAGCCGCGAUGCGUGGCAUGAUGGACCGCGGCUAUCCUGUCUACGCUGAUGUGGUCAUCGUCGCGGGGCUUUUCGGCUUGGAGCCGAGUGACCUGGUCCUGCAGUUGCUCCUCUGGCUGCUGGAACGCAUCGGAGCCCCUGAAACGCUGAAGGAUUUGCUCCGACAGGCUGAGGACGUCGAUGAGGUGGCAUUGUCAGCCGUCCUCCCGGAGAUGCUCGAGCGUGGCUAUCCAGUUUACAGCGACUUCGAGAUGCUGGCGGCAGCCUUCAAUGCGGACCUGGUAAAGGAUAUCUUGAAGCCGCUCCUGAUCACAGCCCUCGUCAAGGUCGGUGCACCGCAGUCCCUCGUGGACCUGGUGAUGAACUUCCAGCCGGAUAGCCAAGAACUCUCGGAGCUUGGGGACCUUUUGCCAAGAGUUUUGGAGCGCGGUUACCCUUUCUACUCCGAAGUCGAGAUCGUAGCAGGGAUGCUGGGUGUGGACCCUCUUGAGCACCUGCUGCAGCCGCUGGUCGUCGCCGUGCUGAAGGAGAUCGGGGCUGAAGGGGAUGUCGUGGAUCGCAUCGUCCAGUUUUCCUUGGACUCUUCGAACCAGGCUGUAGUUCGGAGCAACAUCAUCUCCUGGCGUCAGCGUGGGUACCCAACUUAUGCUGAGGUCGACGCCCUGGCAGCUGCCUUCGGCCUCGACAUCCCGUCACUGCUCCGGCCCUUGAUCCUUACCUUCCUUCGGGACGUCGGCAUCCCGCAAAGUGUUCUUGACCGUUUGCAGACUGCUCAGGUAGACAUCAGUCAGAUUCAGGCAGUGAGGCAGUCUCUCCCCGAGAUGACGAGCAGGGGCUAUCCCACCUGCUCUGAGCUUGAUAGCUUGGCGAAGCUCUUUGCUUUGGACGUGGAAGAUGACUUCAUCAAGCCCUUGUUGGCCGCGGCGCUCGACACUGUCGGUGCUUCAUCCGCGGUGUCUACCGUGGAGGCCUGGUCCGGGAGCUGUGCUGAGCUGGAGGCAGCUCUCACGAAUAUCCUGCAGCGGGGCUACCCCAGCUUCGCGGACUUGAGGGAAAUCGCCCAGGUCGUUGAUGUGAAUCUCAACACGAUUCUUGCCCAGAUGACAGAUGGCGGCCAGGAGUCUGAGGUUGCUCAGGCGCUUCUUCGAUUGCAGACCUUGGUCAGCGAGGGCCAGACCUUGCUCAGUGUUGUCAGCUCUGGUUCUGACACGGCCGCCGUCGACCUCGCAUCCAAGCUGAGCGAUCUCCUCACAGAUGCCUCCAACUCUUUGGACACAGAUGCCGCUGAGGGGCAGGCAGGUGAGGAUUUCGAGCAAGUAGCCCUCGCAUCCAUGGAAAGCAUCGGUGGGCCUGCUCUGAGGCAGGUGGAAUCGUACCUUGCAGCAAAGCUAGAAAAUCCGGCCGGCCACGUAAGCUCGCUCCUGGGAAUGAGCUUGGGGGAUGGCACGCCCUUGUGCCCAGGCCAGCUGGACGCCAGUCUAGACAUCUUCCUUGAGGGCCUGCAGAGGAUCAAGGGUCACCGCACGGUGCAAAGCCUGCAGGAGCUGGCCAGCAUGAUCCUUGAGUUUACGGAGAUGGGCUAUGUUCUUGUGGAUGGUUCCUGGCAAAUCCAUGACUUCGCUGUCUUCCUGAAGAUGUUCAAGGUCUGUGCAAAUGUUCCCUAUGUCAACUUUGUUUGUAAGCCGAUCUACAAGAUAGGGAAAAUCAUCCUCAAGCUUUUCAAUUCUUUCUUAAAGCCGCCCGCUGAAUUUCUGGAGAAGUUCGUGCUGGAGCCUGCAACCAAGCUGGGCAACGCCAUCCACGAGGGUAUCUCCCUAGCAAGCAACUUCUUGGAUGGUGCUGGCCUGGCCAUGAGCAACUUGCUAAGACCCCCGGCAGAAGUUUUUCAGCGCAUCGCUGAGGAGCUGAAUAUAUGCGUUCUUCUGCAAGAGGUUUUGCCCUUGCACCACAUAACUGGCCUAGUAUUGAAGUUGCUGGAUGCAAUCCCAAUUUUCAAGGUUUGGCCAAGCAACCCUUUCAACGCCAUUCCUAGCACUGUGUUUGCAGCCUUCAGUGCCAUCGACAGAACAAUUGGUAGGUUCACUGGUCUUCUCGAGCCUCUUUAUGAUUUCCUCGGCCACUCAUUCGAGUUGUGCAUCCCACUAGGCUUCACAGACAUAUGCUGGGAGUUUAGCGUUCUCCAAAUACUUUACGGCUCUGGCCCAUUUGCAAUGUUUCAGAUGGUACUGCAGCCGCUAAUGGGCUUCUUGAACCCUACACGAAUCAUAGAGGAUGUGCUCCUCAAGAUGUUCGGAGACAAGUUCCUGGACGGAGUGCUGCCCUUUUAUGCCAAGGACCUUAUUGAUUUUCUGCCUGCGCUUGAGAAGCCCAGCUGGCUCAAUAUUCCGGACUUCAGGUCCCUGAUGGAGAAAUUCACAAAUCCGAACUUCUUGGAGGAAGUGGAGAAGGCACAAGCGGAGACCAUGAACGGCUGCAUUUUUCAGAACACAGGUCUGCAGGACGAGGAGGGCGAGGUUGUCCAUGACUGCGAUAGCGGACGUUUGGUUUAUUGGGCGGCUCAGUGCGACACCCGCUGCAACAACUGCGAGGCAUGUGCCCGUUGGUAUAUGAGUCCAUCGGAUGAUGGUGACGGUCAGAUCUGCCAUUUGAGGUCUGCUGCAGCUGGCUACACUAGACACGAUGGAGCAACUGUUGGUUUGGACAAGAUGUGCGCGAAGAAAGACCAGCUGUAUUGGGACGAGGAAGGCAUGGGAGCGCUCUGCAGGGGUGAAAUGUUCCUGACGGGCAUCCAGUCAAGCGAAGACUGUGCGCUCCUCUGUGGUCACGAUGCAGAGUGCGAGGUGUACCAGUUCCAUCCGAUGCUGCGCCAGUGCAUCGUGGGUCGUUCUCUUGACUGCAAUGGCGACUCGGGAUGGACAGGCGGCCGCAAGAAGCCAACGGCAAGGGAGGAGAUGAGCAAAGCUUGCAAGAACUUCGAUCGUGCCUCGGAGCUGCAACGCUCUGGCCAAGUUGACCUGGAGCCAGAUCUGCAAGAAGCAGUGGACAUGUCUCAAAGCACUUGUUUUCAGGCGAUGUGCGGUUUCGUGCGAUCCAAGCUGGACUGCAACAAUGAAGAGCAGACGCGACGGAACCGUCGAAUCAGACAGUACUGCAGAGAGCUUCCAGAGUGGACCAUGGGCCCAUGGACAGCAUGCAGCAGAGACGAUGGUGCUCCAGGCCUUUGUGGUGAGGAAGGUGUCCAGCAUCGCACCGCUACCUGUUCGCACGAUGAUGUUGACAUGUGUGUCCAAGUGUCUGGCACACCAACGGAACAUCAAAGCUGCACGAUCCUUGAUGUUUGCACGUGGAGUGAGGCAGAGUGGGGCAACUGUGAUGCAGCUGCCUGUGAUGUGCCUGGGGUCCGCACCCGGGAAGUCGAAUGCAACUCUGUCGACAAAUCAGAGGCUCCCUGCAUCAAGAAGGGCUUACCAAAGCCGCUUUCUACAGGCACUUGCUGGAGGGAGGGCUGCGAUGAAGUGUUGGAUGCCCCAUCUGAUGUCCCAUAUGAGUGCAGCCCAAGGAGACUGGCCUACCGGCAGGUGCUGUGGGCGAACACAUCGAACGCAUCGCGCGAUACUCCAAAGACUCUGAAGAUGUCAGCCUCAAAGCGCAGGUUGGAUGACGGGACUGAGCAUGGUGGUAUACUGACAGCCGAGCAGUGCGCUACCUUAAGUGCAGAGGCCGGCCUGUGCGCCAUCAUAGCUGGGUCCGAGGUUCCCAUUGAUGAAGGUGGAGCUGCUGGGCUUAACCUUCAGCAACGAAUGUGCCAAAGCAAGCAGCUGGAUGAGAUUCUAGGCGAUCUGCAACAGAUCAGUAGCAAGCUGGACUCUCUCAAGGAUCUUGCAGCUGCAGGCUUCGAGGAGAUUAGCAGCCAACUGGACGAACAGACCGAGCAGCUCACCGAAACAAUGGCAGAGCUGGCCGAAGAGUCUGUUGCCGAGCUCAAGGCUCAUCAGAAAGCCAUGGAAAGGCAAAUCGUAUCAGAGAUGGACGAAAGUAUUGCGGCGACCCGACGGUACAUGUCCUGCAAAGCAUCAUCUGACAGGAAAGCUAUCGUUCAGCAUGUCGACAAGGUGACAGAGCAGCUGAGUGCAGAGCUGGGAUCCCUCCGAACAGGUCUGUUGGACGGAUUUAGGCGCACGACUGAGCAGAUCAACGGCAUGGAGGGCCGCCUCAUGGAAAGCCUAACAACAGCAGCGGACGAUAUUGUUGACGGGGUCAACAGCCAGAUACAAGGUUUGCAGGCGCGACAGGCCACCUUUCUCUUUGAGGCCUUGACAAACGCGAGCAAUCGCAUAGAUGAGAGGAUGCAAAGCCAGACAGAAGAGGUGGAAAUGAUCGUACGAUCAGAAGUCACAGCUGCACUCGUAGAGAUGGCCAGCAUCCAACGCGAUGGCACCGACGAUAUAAUGCAUGCUCUGGGUGACACGCGUGCUGCCAUAAUGUCAAGCUUGGACGACAUAUCCAACACGCUGAUCGAUGCACUGGAGGCACAGGCAGACGACCUGGGUGCAGUCUUGAGCAGGCUGUCCACCACCAUCUCGCGGGAGCUGGUCGCCCAGGCGGAUGCAGCGGAGGUCCGCGCAGCCAGCCGCUCGGAGCAGCUGGAGCAGCUUCUGGCAUCUGCGAUAGAGAGCUCUUCCUCCGAGAACAGGGCCUUGCUUCAGAGCCUCCGAUCUGAAGUGGUCAAAGGUCGAGCAACGGCCAUCACAGCAGUCCAGGAGGUUGUGAACAACUUCCGCUCAGAGGUCUUGCAGGCAAUUGCUACUCCGAUGGAGCUGGUGCUCCGCAGUACCGACAGCAUCCAGGAAGGAAUGGCACAGGGCUUUGCGGACAUCGCUUCAGAUAUGGACACCAUGUCAGCCGAGGUCCAGCAAAACCAGCAAGCCUUGGUUGCUCUCGUGACGCAGUCGGAAGGGGCGAUGGUGAAGCUAGAUGGAAUACAGCAAGGUAUUGCAGCACUUAGUGCAGAAGUCGCUCGUCUGAACGCGGACGUGCUGGAAGGCCAGAGGCGCUUGACAGAGGCAGUAUCCGUCCUGAACACCCGCUUUGACACGUUGUCUCACCUGGUCGAGGACAUCUUGCGCAAGCAGAAGGACUUUCACCUCAGCGAGAUGUUGGAGCGCUUCAGGACCUCGUCAAUUUUGAUUGACGGAGCUUUCCUAGACUUCGCUCAGGUCUGGCUGCCCAACACGACAGGCCACACAAAAGCCCUCGGGCAAUUGAUGCAAGAGUGUGUCCGUUGCAGGACAGGCGUCACAGCGUUUGCAGAGUCUUUUGACAUGGGCCAAAACACGAAAACUUACCUCCUGGGCCAGCUGCAUGGUCACUGGAGCACAGCGCGUGACCAGUUUGCCACGCUCGCCAGCAUCCUCGUCGAGAGCCAGCUGCUGAAAUUGCAUUUCGAGUCGGCGGCCCUGCUUGUGACACAGGAGGAGAUGAAGGCUCUCCAUCGCCAGCUUGCGCCCGUGCCAUCAGAGUUCUGCAGCGUGCUGCUUGGCCCAGCUGCUGCGAAAGCAAUUCGCUCGCUGAUCUUGCAGAAGCUGCAGCAGCCCUUGUCCCUUGCUCGGCGCGUCAGUUCAAUCUGGAAGCAGGUGUUAAGCAUGGCCAGCGAGCAGCAGAGCAUGGGCCGAACCGUAGGGACCGCUGACCUGGAGUAUGUGCGCACGGCCUAUGUUGCCGUACUGAAGGAUCUCAUGCGCCUUCGUGACAGGGUCAUCGAUCCCAGUGACAGCAUCAUGCGGCAGUUUCACGUGCAAAUUCUGGAUGUUCACCUGCCUCAGCUGUGUCCUGCCCCUCCGGCCUGCGUGUCCCAAGUCUUCAUACAGCACCAGGAAGCCCGCACAAACGAGCUUGUCGCCUGGCGGAGAGAGCAGGGGUCUCUGACCGUGGUCAGGCGGCCAUCAAAUCUGCUCAAGCUGCAGGGCAUGUUUGCCUGGAACGUGGAUGCAGCAGACGAGUCAACAUUUCCAGCGCAGCUCCCGCCGGAAUUUGCGCAAUCCGUAUACCUUUGCGAAGGCACGGGCAAGGCCCUCCGUGCCCACAGCGCUGCGGAUGCAACGAAUGCCAAUGUGUCCAUCCUCGCUGAGGCCUUCCGCUUCUGCGGCCUUCCCUUUUCGUCCAUUGACAGCUCCGAGCCCCGCUGCAGUUCGAGCAGCUAUGGCGCCUUCCCUGUUGACAGCUGGACGCCUGGCAGUGGAGUCAAAGACGAUCUUUUCUUGCAGUGGGAGCUGGAAGCCCGAGAAGAAGGCCUUACGGAUGCGGCGACUGUUUGCGGAAAUGGCCAGGUGGAGUUCGGAGAGGCGCAGAUUGCGCACACUUGUUUUGCAAUGGCUUGA